AUGGGCGCCUGGAUGAGUUGUGUGGAUGCGAGCGCUAUGUGGACGGCGACGUCGAACGGCAUAAGGGAGGCAGCAGGAGAGGUGUUAGGAGUUUUGAAAGGUGACUCUGGCAGGCACCGAGGCGACUGGUGGUGGAAUGACGUGGUCCUAGGUAAAGUGGAAGACAAGAAAGCGACUUACAUUAAGUUAGUAGAGAGCACCGACGAGGAUCAGAGGAGAGCGAAUAGAGAAAGAUAUAAGGAUGCUAGGAAGGAGGCAAAAUUAGCGGUCACAGAGGCUAAGACUGCUGCUUUUGGUCGACUAUAUGAGGAAUUUGGGGGUAAAGGUGGGGACAAGAAGUUAUUUCGGUUGGCCAAAGCGAGAGAGAAGAAGGCUCGCGACCUAGAUCAAGUGAGGUGCAUCAAAGAUGAGGACGGUCGAGUAUUGAUGGAAGAGGCCCAGAUUAGGCAAAGAUGGCAAUCAUACUUUCAUAAACUUCUGAAUGAAGAGGGGGCAAUUAGGGAACUCCGAGAGUCACCGAGACUUUGGGACAAAGAGGAUUCCUGA